GCAGCAAGUAUGGCCUCCUCUACGCCCCAGAAUACACCAUACAAUAUACAGCUUUCAGCGUCCGAUACACCUGGACGAACCCAUGUCGAGGGGUUGACGCAGGAGAGCGCGGAUCGCGUCUCGGAGCUGCUCAUGAUCAACUAUGCGAGGUAUCACACCCUCUUUGAUGCGGUGGGAUUUCAUAACCACACAGUGCACCACCUGCUUACCCUCUACGCCUUAGGGGCGACUCCGGAUGAGAUCCGGGCAAUGUACGAUCUUAAUAAGGGAUACCAAGCUCUAGUCCAAUAUCGUCCGGUUUCCACCGUGCUUCAACUGAAGGACCGUAGCUUUUUCCAACAGUGCCUGGGAGAUCUCAGCUACUACGACAGCUAUGUUCGGUUUUUCCAGGAUGAGAUCGCCCAGCGAGGGAUCCCCGAUGUUGUCAAUGAGUAUCUCUUCCAGGGUGAUGAAAUUUCAGACGAUAUCCUUGGCCGCAUGCAUUCUGGCUUCCUACACCCCAUGAUCCACCUGGGAUGCGCCCUGGAAUUUAACCAACCACUUCUAGUAGCCGAGGCUCUGGCAGCAGGCUGCGUUCACGAUGACUGGCCUCAUUCAUUUCUAUUCCCGGUCGAAAAACACAUGAGGGCCGCGCCAGAGACCCCUGUGAAGUCCAUGUUAGAUAUCAUGGAUGAGCUCUACCAAGAUGCAACCAUCCGUAACGCAGUGCAAAUGUCCGACCCCCUGAACAAAAUAAGCGACGGACUACUGGCAAAGGUAUGCAAACAGCUGAUUCCGUAUCUCGCACAGUACCGAGUACAACCGACAGCGGAGGAAUUGGAAAAGCAGACAAUGGAUAUGGUUCAUACUUGCGCCUAUAUGAUUGGUGCCGCCCAAUACCCGGGGAAGGUCGAGGCACUUGAUUUUGUCUUAUUACAUACCCUCACCCUUUCAAUUUUCUAUCCGACCUUUAUGACGCAAGACUGGAUCACGAAUGAAAAUAAGGCUCGACUGCUGCACUUUAAGGCUUGGGGAGAUCUGGUCAUGUAUGCCGGCUGUGGCUGCCCCACGCUCUACCCUCAAAGGAUCACUGAAUAUGUUCCGAAGCGUCCAAGCCACGGAUGGAAGGAGUUGGCACACCGAGCCUCUGUGUAUGGAGAUGAUGGACACAUUUGCAAGGUUGUCCGGGGGUUACUACACGCUGAGCGCCUACCAGAUCCUCGCCCCGGAUUCCCUCUGCAAAAGGGAGAUUUCCUGAAGAUCGCACACCUCGGGUUGGAUUCGGUAGAAAGAAUGCUUGAACCUGGCCAAUAUAAGGUUCCGGACAAAAUCCGGAAGGAAGUAGGCGACGAGAUGGGACAAGACGAAGAGAUUAUUCGUGUAAUGGUACGAUGGGUGCGAUGGUGUGGUGUUGAUGGAGCCUGGAAUGAGUUCCCGGAUUUGCUCGCCCCUUGUGAAGCCUAGGGGCCCUCUCGGUAUCGUCACCUUGGUAUACUAUUCUGACCGCUUGUUCUAUUCAAGAAUUGGCGUGUAUAUUGCAGAUGUUUAAACACCAAAGGACUUGUGCUGAGGUGUGCAGUGCAGCACCUGAUGUGGAUUGAAAAGACAGGCAGAAUCAUGUCGAUAGAGAACCGGCCUAAUAGAGUUCAAUUAUUCUUCUAUUCAAAUAUAA